CCGGCGAACCAAGCAGUUCGGAUACCGGGUAGAUCGCAGUCGAACCAGCUCGCCGAAGUAACUGCGAUUGUACUGGCCCUGCGGAAGAUUGGAAACUUUGUCCCUAUCGUCUUCAGGACGGACUCGAUGUACACAAUAAACGGACUCACCCGGUACUUAGGGAGCUGGGAGGACUGUGGAUGGAUCGGCGUGGCAAACAGCCACGCUUUUAGAGCGGCGGCGGGGCUGCUCAGAACACGAACCGCAGUAACGAAGUUUCAAUGGGUUAAAGGUCAUAGCGGGAUAGAAGGCAAUGAGAUGGCGGACCGAUUGGCUGAGUCGGGAGCACAGAAAGAGGUACUGGACAAUGUAGACUUCUCGGUUCCGGAAAGGUUUGACCUGCAGGGUGCGAGGAUGUCCACCAUUACGCAAAAGACGGCGUACAGGGGCAUCAUGGAGAGGCUCCACGUGAAGGAGAGAGCGACGACGGUGAGGAACAUCGACAGGGCCCGUUAUGCUGUGGAAGAAAUAACCGGGAGCCUUGAAACCGAUGGCGCUCUGUGGGCCGGUUGCCGAAACAGCGCCAUAAGACGACCUGUUCAACAGUUCGUGUUCAAAAUGUUACACGGGGCAUACAAAGUGGGAGAUUACUGGUCACAUAUCCCCGGAUUCGAGGACAGGGCAACCUGCUCCCUGUGUCAAUCAGGGGAAAAAGAGAGCAUGGAGCACAUACUCAUUCACUGUGAGGGCUCACAUAGGGAACUACUCUGGAACGCGGCCGCCCGGAGAUGGCCAAGAAACUUAGGUCCGUGGCCGACGAUCACUUUUGGGACGGUCCUCGGCUGUGGAUCGAUUGGCCAAUCACCGAGACAUGGACAACCCGGUGAAGGUGAAGUAGGGACUUUGAAUGUCGACUCCGCUCGGAGGCGGCUGAUGCGGAUUCUGAUCAGCGAAACCGCAUACAUGAUAUGGGUAAUGAGGUGUGAAUCCGUCAUA